AAAAUUAUUGAUUUUUUAUUUUCACAUUUAAUACUUAUACUUUCAGUCAAAUGAAAUCGAUGAGAUAUUGAAAAAGAUGCAUACACAUGAGGGCGUAGUUGGAAUCAUCGUAAUUAAUUCGGAAGGAAUACCAAUCAAGAGCACUUUGGACAAUACGAUUACAGUCCAGUAUGCCGGUCUUAUAAGCUCACUGGCUGAGAAAAGUCGGAGUGUUGUUCGUGAUUUGGAUCCUUCUAACGAUCUUCUGUUCAUAAGAAUCCGUUCAAAGAAACAUGAGAUUAUGGUCGCGCCGGAUAAAGAAUUCAUUCUUUUAGUUGUUCAGACGCCUGUCGAUUGAACUUCUGCUAAGAAUUACAUUAAAAUUUUAAUUUCAGUGUAAUUCACUUUACAAGUAAAGUUAUAAUUUAUCAGUAGUGUGUAUAAUUUCUUAAUUUCCAAGAUGAUGGAUAUCUUAUUAAAUAUUUUAAAAAAGGAGACAUCAAGAUGUACAGGUUAUUUUAUAUAAGGAUAUCUAAUAGUAAUACAGAAUUUCUAA